GUGACAUCGGAUAUGAUUCGAAUCUGCGCCUUUCGCUGUCCGAGCGAAUCACUAAAGAAUAAUAUCUUACACGGAGUACCUGUUCUUACUUUCAAUCCUAACAAAGCCAGCGUCUGGUUUCCAAAUAGCUUUCAACAUGUUCGACACCGACGGCAACCAAAGAGUAGAUAAGAAUGAAUUUCUAGUCAUUCAACGCCUGCUCGGUGGUGCUUUCAAGGAACGUAAAGAUUUGGACGCGAAGAGUCAGGAAGCAAUGGAGAAAAUCUUUAGUUUUGCUUGGAAAGGCAAGCGAGGCAUUAACGAAGUAGUUGAGGGCGAAGGGGCGGAGGCCAAGCCCCAAGACACAUAUGUCAACGACGAACAAGGCCUGCAGCGCAGGCAUAACGUAGAUACUUUCUUGCAGGUUCACUUUUUCGGCAAGAAAGGUACUAAUGAUCUCAGAUUCGAAGGCUUCAAGCAGUUCAUGGAGAACUUACAGACAGAAGUGUUGGAAUUGGAGUUUCAAGAAUUCGCAAGAGGCCACGAAACGAUAUCCGAAGUGGACUUCGCCAAGAUCCUCCUCCGUUACACGUACUUAGACACGGACGAGUACGACAUGUACCUGGACCGGCUGCUGGACCGCGUCAAGUACGAACACGGCAUCACCUUCGACGAGUUUAAGACCUUCUGCCAAUUCCUCAACAACCUGGAGGACUUCACCAUUGCCAUGCGGAUGUAUACGCUCGCAGACCAUCCCAUAUCCAAAGAUGAGUUCCACCGGGCGGUGAAGAUUUGCACGGGCAUCGGUCAGUCGGAGCACCUGGUGACCACCGUGUUCGCGAUCUUCGACGCGGACGGCGACGGCCUGCUCAGCUACAAGGAGUUCAUCGCCAUCAUGAAGGACCGCCUGCAUCGGGGGUUCAAGUCAUACGCGAAGAACGAAGGUUGGGAGGCGUUUAAGUCUUGCGUCAAGCAAGAAAUGAAGAGCGCCGUUUAAGUAUACCUUGCAAACAUCCCGGUUGUAAAUAUUAAGUACGAACUUUAUAAAUAUACUAGCUGAGCCAGCUAACUUCGUAUCGCCAUAAAAAUAUAGGUGGUAGAAGGGUGAAAAUUUAGGGUGACACGAGAAUUUUAUAUAUUAGAUAAUACUCAAUUUACAACUUUCAGUAAAGUUAACACAGGUGGUAGAAUAUUUUGGUUGGGUCUUCUUUUAAAAGAAAGGAACUAAUGAACAAUGGUGCGAAACAAUCUUAGUUGUCUGUCUUUUUAAUAUUUAAAUUGUAUAACUUGAGAAAAGCUUGGGUUACUACUUAAAUUUUAUGUAUAUAUACAUAAAAUUGUAAGUAGUAACCCAAGCUUUUCUUAUUCAUUCUUUGUAGUCUGGCAAAGCAAAAGAAUGGCGCCGUAACGCGUUACGUAACGAAGCUGUUUAGCCUCCCAUAAGAAGUUAUCACUUCAAAACGCUCUAAAUCUACCUAUGUAUAUAUAGAGUGCAAAUGUUUAAUAUUUACAAUCGGUUAAUGCCAAUACCCUGACCCUAGUAAGAGAUAACUUACUUUUAUAUCUAACGGCCAGUUUCAAUAAUCAAACUCCAAAAAGAAUUGCCUAGAUAUUUUCAAUAUUUAAUUUAUAAUAACAACUGUUGCUAAGAAAUGGAACCAGAAUAUCCUUACCUUUUACAACUUAUUUCUUGCUGGGGAUAUGUGACUGGAAUUGGAAAUUUGUUUGUUUUUAAUUUGCCAUAAAGUUUUGUUAGCAAAGUGUUAUGAUCGAUUUGCAUAACUGCAUAGUGUGUCUCUUAGUUUGCCAUUUGUAUGAAAUCUACUUAUGUUUUUUUGGGUUUAUUUGAUUUGUGUCAAUAUCAUCGGAAGAAAAUCGUCUCGUCGAAAAGAAAUCUAUUUGAUUUUCAGUCAAAUAUUAGGGAUGAUGACGUGGUAAAGUCAUCGAAAUUCUAUAUUGUCCAUUAGUUACAUUUAUCAAAAAAUAUUAGACACCUAAGAAUCUAUUUUCUUGUUAUUUUUUUUUUCUAGUUUGUCUGUAGAUUUAAACAUCUAGCAGUUAAAUGCUUAAAAAAUAUUAGACGUUUAUUUUUUCUUUUGUCCAUCAAUUAAAUAAUGACAGAAAUAAAGUACGUCAAAGAGAUAGGGUGCUUGUGACGUCACUCCUAAGUAAAAAUUGUAACAAAACGUGACGUUAUGUGGCAUUUCGAAAUCAAUAUAUCUCUGUGAUGUUUUCAUUAUGAUAAUAAAGACAAAAUACGUGUCCAAUAUCUUUUGAUAAUGAAAUAAAAUAAUAGACGAAGAAAAAAAAAUUUGUCAUAUCUAUUAUAUCAGCAUUUAAAGGCCACGGUAGCCGUUUAUCAUCAGAAGCACUAAAUGCUUAUUAGUCAUUAUAUAUGAAAAAGUGGCGCUGUUUUUAAGAGCCUCAAACUGGAUCUUGCUAUUGUUUUCCAUGUAUAUCUUCCAUCUCUCUCAUUCCACUUGGCACUUUAUUCGGUUAUUCGUGUUUGCUAUUUCUAACUCGACAACAGUCUGUCUUUAUCAUGCUUCAUAAGAAAUGAAUAGGUCAAACUGGUGCAAUGUUUACAAAUAGCAAACACGAAUAACAAAGAACUCCGACAUCAGAAUGAGAGUUUUCGCUAGUAAGUAAUUAGCGCCAUAGUUGGGGGUAGAAGAAGUUAAUUAAGUUUUUAGGUGACUUUGAUGUCGUAUCUUCCAAAAAUAGGUCAUGGAAUGAAAAAUCUUGUUAAAUACACUUUGAGAGGUGGUGGAUCUAUCGCUUAGGUGCUGACACUUUCCGCCUUAUUACAAAACGUUGACUAAAGUUAAACCUGGUUUAAAACUGAUGCUGUCACUUUAUGGCUAAAAAGAGGACGGAGACAGUAUUAGACUUAAAAAUGAAUAACUUACAGUCCGCAUAUUGGAAUAAGGCGGUUAAUGAACGUUGUUUGUGAAGGAUCGCCAGCCUAUAAUCCAUUUAAAUUGUAAUAUUUAUUAAGUUUGUAUGCACAUUAGUUUCAAUUGUAUUAGUAAUAUUGCGUUUUGUCAAAGUCCCAAAAAAAUGUGGGUUUUAUAAACCAUGGUGCAAGUGAAACUUUUAAUAUCAUCAAUCUUCAAGUCUUUGUUCGGCGUGAAUCGAACCCGAGCCGUCGGCGUAGCAGGCGAGCUGCCUACCACUGAGCCACGGAUGCUUGUUGAUAAGGUCUGAAUUUAUUAAUAACAAUUAAAGAUGGAAUGCGACGUGCUAAAGAUGAACGAAAGAAAAAUUGUAGCGAUAUCAUAAAAGUUUCACUUCAAUACUUAUACAGUGUUGCCCACAUUGAUGGAAAUAUUGGUGUCGAUUCUGGCACGAUUAUCUAAACCUAAAUUUAAAUUUGACAACAGUCUAUCUUUGUCAUUCUCUAUUCAGAAUGAAAAGGAGAGACUGAUCUUAAAUUUAGUUUUUAAGUUUAGAGAAUCAUGCCAGAAUCGGCACCAUUACCUUUUAUACUUACAUACGUAAGAACAAUUUUGGCUUAGGAAAUGUAUCCACUAUUAUGGUGAAUUUAAUUUCCCCACUUUAAUUUUCAAAUAACUACGCAAUUAUGUAGUAAUUAAUAAGUUUCAGGCUGUGUUUGUUAUCUACGUUUUAACUUAUUGCAUAAUUAGGUGCUAUUUAUUAUAAUAAUAAUUUAUUUGAAGCCAAAUAUAAAAAUAAUCUAGAUUAUUACAAACUUUCGAUAUUAUUUUUAUUUAUAACAGUGACCACCAUACGUAUUAUUAAAAUAAUUUAAAUUUCCUUGACAAACGCAGAUAAGAUAUAAUAAUACACCUAAACGUGCUAUCUAUAAAUAGUUUCAAAACCAGUGUUUUAUUUAAAUUUAUAUAAAAAUACGGCACACCACACGUUAUUUUAAUAAACACAUAGUAUACUAUUAUCACACGCAACGAUAUUAAAUACCCUAGAUACACCAAGGCGAAAAAAAAAGUGCCCGAAACCUGUCCAACAGGUACAUUGGACGAUCCACGGAGCUCCGUCGCGUAGUCAGAAACAAUAUAAGGCAUUAUUUAAACAUUGAAAGUCACCUUAAAUGCGUACUCUAUAAGGUCCUAAUUUAAACUCAUGCGUCAAAGGGGUAUGACAGUUCGUAAUGGAAGCUUGUAAAAUUUUACGACUUAUUGCUAUACGCGGAAGAAUGUAGACCUUAUUUCUUUAUCUCUACGCGCAAUUCUGAAUGCGUUAUUUGCAUUAUAGCAGGUACGGACCGCGAGGAAAAGAAACGGCUAUAUUGCCGACCAUGCAUUUGAAUAUCACAAAUAUUUUCUACUAAAUCAGUUUAUAGUAAGUAUUAAAACAAAAAGUGCUUCAAAGGCGUUAAAUUAACAAACAUUGAUUAGAUACAUGUCGAAAAACCGACAAUACAUACUGCAAGCAAUUUCUUCGCAUUUUUUCACGGAGCUCUGCGGCAACUUGAUUUUUCUACGCUCCAUGCUAACUGUGAACAAAGGUGCUUGAGUGGUGUACAAGCACUUCUUGAUUGGGACACAUUUUGAGCGCUCGUGGUGUAUCUAGGAUAGUUUAAUAUCGUUGAUCAUCAGUGCUAAACACGUGCAGAAAGUUUUAAUCACUUUAAAUAAUGUAAGGCAAAAACAAUUCAUAUUAGAACCACGAAAAUCAUGAUUAUAUAAGUUCUUAUUCAAUUCGUGUCUUUAUUUUAUAAUACUCUACUUUUCAAAUAUAAGUAUUAAUGUGUCAGUACUAAUCAAGAAAUUUUAAAACAUGUUAGCUUAAAGUAAGAAUAGGUAUUUAGACAAUUUUAUUACGUGGUUUUUUAUCAAACUUUAAUAAAAAGAUUAUAUAAUAUACGAAAACUACGAAAAGUUCAAGAGCUGCUAUUCGGCUGCGGGCCCGCAGACUUUAAAUUCCGAUCUCGCCUUUUGGUCACACGCAUAAAAAUCGCAGAGCGCGAGGGCCAGAUCCACUCCCCCUAGACAAGGAAUAAGCUUAGACUAGUUACGCCGUGUUUUGUUCAUGUAACUCAAAUGCCAUUUGUCAUUCAAUAAACAGAGACAAAACUUGGAGUAACUAAUCCAAGCGUAGUCUUCGUUUAUUAAUAACGGGUAUCGCGACCCGCGUGCACCCGCAACGUGUGCCGCAAGCCGCAAACACCCUCGCACUCUACGGGCGCAAAUCGUGCCGUGAAUUUUGCUUUUGCAUUUUACCCAUAAUUUGACAUUCUACGCGGCGGGCGCGGGACAUAAUCGCACCGGUAGUUCUUAGACUAAGAAUACCAGAUGUUGUAAUAUAAUAGACUUCAAUUAGAUGAGUAAAUAUACUGAAUGCUACUUUUUACUCACCCGAUUCUCGUUAAUACAAAAACCAACGCCAACUAGUAAACUCUGAAUACUAAUUUAUGUAAAAAAUAUCGGGUAAGUUAAAAGUCCACGAAGUAUAUUUUUUAGGAAAAUCUUUUACUAUAAUAAAAAUAUUGGUAGCCAUCAUCCUUGUGGAGAGACUAUAAGUUAUUUCAAUGAGAUUAUUUAUUAUCAUAAAAUAAAUGUUGUGAGUUUUUUCGCUUAUAUUAAUUUAAUUAUUCUCAUAUUUGCAAAUGGAUGCAAAACUAACAUGGUGCUUAUGAAAAAAAAAAAUAUAUUUCUUGCGUAUAGUUUUUAAAUUUUGUGUCAAGUUUUUGUGAUAUUUAAUUAAAAAUUGUCUAGCAAAUAAUGAGAAAUCGCUUUUGUCUUCUUGUUUAUAAAUAUUGUCAUGGCAUUGUUAAUGUUGUUGCCUUGCCUAAAACAUAAUUAUUAUUUUUUAUAUGAUUAAAAUAUAUGCUAAUUUCAUCAUUGAAACAUUUCGCUUGGAUAGGUAGGUACUAGUAAAUUUACCUUUUUCUUAGAUAUUUGCUAUUUUAUAAGAUGGUAAGAAACAAUCUGCCAAAAGAUUAAAAGCCUUAAAAUUACCAACAUGGGGAAAAUAUCUCUUCAGUAAAUCCAGAAGGUAACAUGAAUGAUACUUAAACAAUGUUUAAUUUGCUAGUCAUUAUGAUAUAAGUUAACGAUCGAACUUGUUGUUAUUUAAAAACAUAGUUACCAUUGUUACUAGAUCAAUUAUCAUCAUCUUUUUAUCUCUGUAAGUAUGUGUUAAAUAAAUCGCAUCAACGAAUAGUGAUUUUUCCUUUAUUAAAAAAUAUUAUGAAAAUUAUACUGUUUUUUUUCUAUUUUAAAUAACCAUUCAUAUUUAACAACCUUCAAUAUUUACGUAGCACCUUACACUGAUUACGCAGUGUUUUAUUCACAUUUCUCCAAAUAAGAUCUGUAAUUCUGCUUUUAUCACAAACAUAGAAAAAGGAUUGAGUUAUUCCUGUCCAACUAUCAAGUAAUAGCUCAAUUACACUUGGUCAUUAGCCCGUAUUCGGGCGUACGAAAGAAAUUACUCGAAUUCAGGCACCUGAAGCAAUAUUUACACUGGAAUACACGCAUACUCUAAUAAUGCCUAUGUACAGCGAAUGAAUCGCAAAGUAAGAUCAAGGAACAGAUGGAACCAAAAGGUACAAACAGGUAUGUUACGAAAGAAGGGAAAGCAAGGAUAACGGAGGAAACGAGCGAAAUGGUAAGGAUAAUCAAAGAGUUAACAAAUAGAGUGAGCGAAUUAGAAAGUAUAAAAGAAAGAGAACGUGUGCAAGAGGAGGAAAGAGAAAAAGGCAAGAAAGGUAAAGAUGAGAAUGAAAGUGAGGGUGAGAAUGAAAUAAAAAAUAAUAUGAGAAUAAUGAAUGAAACGAUAAUAGAUAAUAAGGAAAGAAUAGUCGGAAAUGGUAAGAUCCUAGUAAACAUUAUGGAAAUGAUGCUGGAGCUUACACAGAAUGCGAAAGAAACGAGAGAGGAGCAGAGAAAAAUUAAUAUACUUUUAAUUGAGGGGAAAGAGAAAAUGGAAGUAAGCAAAAAGAAAAUAGAAAGAAUGAUGAGUAUGCAAGUUGAGGAAAGUAAGCAAAUGAAAGAGGAAUAAGACAAGCUGAAAGAGAUAAUGAUAGAAAAUAAUAAAGCCUAUGGAUAGAGGAAGGUAGAGGAAGACUGGAAGCGAUAAAAGAGAUGCAAGAGAGAGUGGGAAAGCAAAUGGAAGAAGAGCAUAAGAAACUGACUGAGUUGGGAGCUAAGAUAGAGGAACAAAGAAAGGAAGAAACAUAUGCUGAGAAGGUGAGAAACGUUCCACCCCAAAACAAGUCACUAAAUUCCAUCAUAGUGGCGUCGACCGACGAAACGCUAACGAGCGACCAGGUGUUCGACGCGGUGCGGAAGUCGGUCGAUGAAAAAGGGGAGAGGAACGAAGUACGGAGAGUGAGAAAGGCAAAAGGGCAAAAGGUGAUAAUAGGGUGUGCAAGGGAAAGCGAGGCUGAGAAACUGAAAGAGAAGAUAGAGAAGAAUAAAAAUUUGAAAGUGGAAAGAGCGAAAAAUAAAUACCCACUAUUGAUAGAGAGGAAUGUAAGAGGAGAGAGACAAAAAAAGGGGAAGUGAAAGAAGGAAUAAAAAGAAAACUUGGAAGAAUAAAUAGGGAAGAAAGGUACAAGAAAGAAUAUAUAUAAAAAAAAGUAAAGUAUAUAUUUUUUUUUAUUUAAUUUUUUUAAUCAAGCAAUAUUACAAUUAUAAUACAUAUUAUAGUGCAAACAAAAACCAGAAAGGUUUAUUCGUGCACUAUAUAGUAUAUGAAAAGGCAACUAGGAAUCCGCAUGUGGCGCACGUCGUGGUCAGAGUGGCUCCCACUAUCUGGCGGCAGCUGACAGAUGCGGAGACUCUUCAACUACAGUGGGGAAUCUCCGCUGUGGAAGAUCAGUCCCCGUUAAUCCAGUGCUCCCGCUGUCUGGGCUAUGGCCACAUCAGACGGGUCUGCACGGAGGCACUGGACAGCUGCAGCCACUGUGGCCCCCCCACAGUGGCUGCAGCUGUCCAGUGCCUCCGUGUAUGCCACAUGCCCGAAUAAAGACUCCGCGCCUAGUUGCCUAAACUGCAAAAGGGCUGAGCAGAACACCUUUAGCAAACACUGCCCACAGAAAAUACUCUGGACAGAAUUGCGAGAGCGAAAGUGGCGUAUUGCUAAGGGUGUUGUGGGCAAAAACAGAACGGGGAGAGGAACAGAGAAGUGCAAAGAAAAGAUAUAUAGGGUAGAAAAGAGAAUUUUGAGAAAAGAAAUCAAAGAUAGUGGGAAAGGCUGGUCUUGUAUUCAAGAAUGGAACACGUACUAGGAGAAAGACUGCUGAAGUCCCCUCCUGGAACAACGAAGAGAGUACGAGUGGAUGCCGAGGGUAGCCACGAGGCCAAAACAAAUGGAGGUAGCAAAAUUGAUAUUUUGAAACCCCAUUUGCGGAGGCAAACCGGGCUCCGGAGGCGAACACUCAACUCAGGAAGUAGAAGGCGACCGGGAGGAGACUUCAGGAGCAAACAUAGCAAAAGAUAAAUGAGAAGCAAGCAAAAUAGGUCCGAACUGGUGUAAGACAAUGCAGUAAAAUAAGAGAAUAAAUAUGUAUAGACAGAAUAAAUAAUAUGUAAAUACUAAAAAAUGAUGACAAAAUGUAAAUGACGAAAAGUAAUGUAAUAGAACAUAAGUAAAGUAUGUAGUAUAAGUAGAAGAAAGAAUAGAAAUAAAAAACAAUUGUAAAGUUUAGCUUACUAGAAGGAAAGCAAGAGGAAACUAAUACGUAUAGAAUAAAAAAGAGCAGAGACUGUAAAUAUAAGAUAAAUAAUAAUAUUAAAAAGAACCAAAUGUAAUAGAUAUUAAGAACAGUUAAAUGUAAAAAUUUAAAAGAAUAUGAAAGAGAAAAGAAAAGCGCGCACAAAAAAAAUAGACAAAGAGAAAAGAAAAACUCUAAAAAAAUAGAAAUACAAAAACAAAAAGAAAGAAAAAGUCCUGCCACUGAGUGGGGAAGCCGGAUACUUUAAAAAAAAAAUGCCUAUGUACUCCUGUAUCAGGGAAUACAGACGCAAGGAGGGAGUUCUGUUUCCUAGUGGUUUUUUUUUAUUUUAUUUCAACACAUACCAAUUAGCCUAGCCCCAAAAAGGCACUGGUGUCGAUUCUGGCACGAUUCUCUAAAUCUAAACUUAAAUUUGACAACAGUGUAUCCUUGUCAUUCUCUAUACGGAAUGAAUAGGAGAGACAGAUUGUAAAUUUAGUUUUAAGUUUAGAGAAUCACGCUAGAAUCGACACCACUGUAGGCUUGUGUUAUGGGAUAUUAGGGUAACGUAUAGAAUACAUUUAAUGAUACAUAUUUAUUCCCUUGCUGUGUAAGUGGAUGAUUUCUGCCAGGGUUUAAGAAAAUAAUUUUUCAUAUUUAAAUUUUUCCUAUUUUGCGUUUUAUCGUAUUUAGUAUUGGUUUUUAAUUUAGAUAUCUAAUGGUGUCGAUUCUGGCAUGAUUCUCUAAAGCUAAACUUAAAGACAACGAGUGUAUCCUUGUCAUUCUCUUGAAAUAAUGAAAAGGACAGACUGAUGUUAAAUUUAGUUUUAAGUUUAGAGAAUCCUGCCAGAAUCGACACCAAUGUUAAGAUAAGUUUGUAGAGAAACUAACCAGGAUUGAUUUAAGAUAUAAAUGAAGCCUGGAUGUACUGUAGAAUUCGAAUAUUAAGAGACAAACAAACCUAGACUGAUAAAACAAAGUGGCUGGCUACACAGCCAAGGUGAUAAGUAUAUUUAUGUAGAAACAUCCAUGAUGUUAUGGUUUCUUCAAUUAUGAUGGGUCCUCUGUAUAUUUAAAUAAAACAAUGUGUUGACUUCACACGCAGUUUUAUUUGCCAGCCAUGUUGGUGUAAGAGAGAGGGUGAGAGUGAGACAAAACAUAUUCAACGACAACAGACAACGGUCCGAUUCACCUAUGUAACACAUGACUGGUGUACAAAUGCUCGUCAGCCAUCACACAAACAUUUGCCGCCACCGGGAUUCGAACCCGGGGACCUCACGAGUAGGCGACACCUUGAAACCCGGUGUACAAACCACUUUGCCACCUAGGGUACGCCGGCUGGGGGAGGUGUGUCCACUAUGUACGGAUGAACGGGGGCCACGUCUCGAAAUCCGAUGGUAAAAAAAGUAGACGAAAUAGAUUUUGACCUUGUGCACACUCCCCGAAAUGUAACUAGGGGGCCAAUCGCCUAACGAGAUUACUAUAACUAUCGCUAUCAUUUACGAUUCCUUUUUUUUCUGACCGCUGAAGGUUUUGAAAUACAUCGCGCUGGUUUUUUUCCUUUGGCAUUGGUAAUAAUAAGAAUAUUAAAGAAAAUGAGUAUAACGUAUUUGAGAACCUUCGGGGUCAGAAAUAACAAAAUGAUAUCGUAAGCGAUAGCUAUAGCCAUAGCAAUCCCCUUAGGUAAUAGACCCCCUGUUCAAAACACUCAGAAACGCAACCAGGCGGCGAUGUUCGAGGAUUUGUAGCUGUCUGGUUGUGAAUACUUCAUCGCCUAUGAGUUUUCUAGCACGUCUAUCAAAAAGCUUCCAAGGUUUCAAGCUGGUAGCGGGCUGAUACAUCCCACAUGUAGGAGCGGUACCUACUUCAUGCAUGGCAGAACUUGUGCUGAAUAAAGAUUCAGUAGUUGGGACGUAGACCGAUUAAAAAUAAUUUGAAUUGGUCGUCUAAUGUCAUUAUCGUAUCAAUUCACCUUUCCGAAAAUAAAAAAAAACAUGAGUUUGAAAAUAUUUUAAUUUAAUUUAAAUUUUCAGUUUCAUAAUAUUGAAAUCGAUAUUCAUACACAUAAAGAAAUAAAUGUUCCAACAAAUUACAGACUCACAUAAAGCAUUUUUACAAGCUUAAUUAUUUUAACUUUAUACAUCUCAAGAGCUACGUAUGUAAGUAUAUACCAACCUAGUGUAGAAAGAAAAUGCCAUAGUUUUGAAAUAAACUAUUGUUUUUAACAAUUCGGUCAGUAGUCGAAAUAUCUUUUUUUUUAUAUCUUAUUAAUGACAAUAUGUGAGUGUGUUAAUUUUCACAGUCCUCUUAAUUAUUAAUUAAUAAAUAAAUAAAAUACAAAUAAGUACUUCCUUACAACCGAAUACUGAAUUUACCCGAUUUUUGAGUUGGUACUUCUAGUAGGAUUAAAUAAAUGCAAUAUAAGCCCUUUAUCUCAAGAAAAGUUUACCAGACCAGGCAGCAGACGGGACUCGAGCCCGCACCCUUCGCUAUCCAGGCGAAUGCACUGACCAUUAUGCUACCGCGGCCCUGACGGCCGUGUCGAAUUUUCUCUAGCCUUAGGCUGUAAGGCAGCGCCAUCUCUACACAUCGUAGGCAACCCACAAUGUUGCUUAAAAAAAACAAAUAUAAGCCCUUUAUGUUUAAAUUGGUGAUAAGAUUCAGUAUUUGGUCGUAUAAUACUCAUAUUAGAAACUUAAUGCAAAAACAAUACUUUGAGCAGUCAACCCGUUAACAAAAAUUAAUUUGAUAAAAAAUCAUUUUCAGUAUCUGUUAUUUUAUGAACAUUUAUAUAAACACGUUCUGUUUAGAUUAAUUGCGUAUUUAAAAGGUUUAUUUUUGUCACAAUCUUAUUUCACAACAAUCAUAAUUAUAAAAAGUACAAUGUUUAUUUUUAAUGUUAACGUUUUGAAAUUUAACAUGAUAAACAAAUACUGUAAAACAUCGUACAACCAUUAUAAUAUUUAGGGCAAUUUAACUGAAAUACAAUUAUAAAGAAAAAUAUUAUUGCAUUUAAUGUUUACCAACUAAGCAUAAUAAGUUAUAUCACGCAUUCUUAUUGUAUUUACUGUAGUUCUUGUGAGCAUUAAAAUAUUCUUAGAAUUUGCAAAAUGUAUUUAUUUGUUUACUGAAAAAUAAAUAAAUACAAAAUGCGCAACUUUGUAUUGCGGUUAAACUAUCAACAGCACUAUAGCUAAGGCUUGGAUGUACCUACUUCAAAUCAUUUUUAUAAGGAUGGAUGUAAUUCCUAAUUUAUAUCACUCAAUUAUGUAAUUAUAGUUAGCUGUUACUGCUUUUCCAUUUUAAUAAUUAUAUGUAUUAAGUCUUCGUUACUUUACAAUACGUUUAUCAUCCCUCAUUAGCCUACUAAUAUCCCCACUGCUAAAGCAAGCACAAGCCUCCCCAAUAAAUUGGUCCUAAAAAUGGAUCAAUACCCACAACGCGGUUACAAUACGGAUUGGUGGAUGCGAACGACUGCAGAUGCUGCAUCUCAUGUUAAGCUGUUGGUCCCGGCUUAACAUGUCAUCUAAAGCACAGGGGCGGUCCAAACAAUAAGUAAUCCUAUGACCAAUUCAAAUCAGUACCAGUUGCCUAAAGGUCAGAACUCAUUGGAACGAGGUGAACAUUUGCCUAACGGGAUUGCUAUGGCUAUCGCUAUCGCUCAAUUUUUAUUUUAACCGACUUCAAAAAAGGAGGUUUGUGUUGGACUGUAUAUAUAUAUUUUUUGUUAUUUCUGAACGCCGAAGGUUUUCAAAUGCCUCGCGCUCUUUUUUUCUAUUACAUUGAUAAUAACAAUUUGAAGAAAAUGAGCGUGAGGUAUUUGAAAACUUGGUGAAGAUACGGAGUUGUUGUAGCGUAUGCCCAUAGAAAUUCAUACAAAGAAUAUCAAACCACAUGAGUUGAGGCGGUGAACCACAUGACCUUGUACGAUCGCUGUCCACUGCGCCAUCUCUUACUCCGUUAUUACGUAAGUGAAUAUAAUCAUUAAAAGGAUGUUAUCCUGCUAUCUAAGUAACAGCCUUAGCUACGGCAUUGGAUAAUUAAUGUGACAGAUCCAUAACGAACAACGAUUGCAAUACACUUAAAAAUAAAAGUAAAUCAAAUCUGGGUCUUAUUGUCUAACUUGGAACUCCUUCUGCUUCUGUUCCCCUUUACCAAAGCUGAUCUCUUCAUCAAAGGUCAAAUAAAACCGGUAGCGGGAGGAGUCAAAUUUAGACACACGCCCCAGUUACAACAAACUAAUGAGAGUGUUUAGGAAUAUUUACGUCACCACUUGACGACACUGUGACGUGGGUCUUUUGUAAAAAUCUUUUGGCGCGAACUAAUUGAACGAGCAUUUAACCCCUGCCCCUCUAGCAUGACCGGGAAUGAUGAAAUGAAAUAUGAAAAAAACAUGAAACGGGAUAUGAUAAAGCGAUAUAUCGGCAUUGACUGUCAGACUACUGUCAAACUCAACUGUAGUCUGACAGUUAAUGCCGAUAUAUCGCUUUAUCAUAUCCCAUUUCGGUGGUCAUGCGAGAGGGGGUGGUCUGUGUAAAUGGCAGAUUUCUGUCAAUGUCAAAAAACCCCUGGCCUGUGUAAAUGUCAGAUUUCUACCAACGUCAAAAAAACCCCUGUCUGAAGGUGAUGGCAGAUUUCUGCUACGACUUGAGAAAAUUAUUCUCUUUUUUUAUAUUUUGCGUUUUAUCAUAUUUAGUUAUGGUUUUUAAUUUACACAUCUAAUAUAUAGAUACGUUUGUAGAGAACCUAUUCAAAAUUCAUUUAAGACAUAAAUGAAGCCUGGGUGUACAGUAGAACUCGAAUAAUAAGAAGAAAAUCGGCCGGAAAAUCAAAAAAAUGUAAGGCCGUGAAAAACUAAAUGGACGGCAAUCACAGACAGGUUUUUGAGCGUCAUAUUGCUUCCACAUUUGACGGGUUAUAUUGAUCUAUAGACUAUGAAGACAUACGUGAUUUGACGGAUGAGUAGACCUUUCGUCUCAGUGCUGCCACCUGGUGCCCGUCAUUCCAGAAUACCCUCAUUGGAAAGCGACCAUAGAAAUAGAGAAUGAAAAUAAACAACUCUCUCCAAAGAUAGAAAGCGAUGGAGCUAUUAGCCGCACGAUCGCUUCGUCUCUCUCAUAUACCUAUAUCUGAGGAUCAAGCACGAACUUUGACAGCUCCGUUAUUGUAUCGCAUCGUCAAAGUUUCUAUGAAACUUAAGCAGCGCCUCUACCGGACGUAAGAACAAACUGGCUUCUUCCAUAAAAAAAUUGACGAUGACGUUAAGAUUACGAAUCUGCCAGUUCGUGCUUGGGGCUUCUGCCCAGUUUUACUUUAGAGUUGUACAGGCAAAGUCAGUCCAUUCUCUGUAUAUGGUUACAACAAACUAAAAGCGAACUAUCACUACACACUCUUGUGUCAAUAGCAUAUUAUUAUCAUAAUAACACAAACGAAAAGCUUUAAAUAAAUGAAAAAUAAAAUCUCACGUAGCUGGAUGGCAGCUGGGCUCUAAUAAACAUUUACUUUAUAAUUUUGAGAAAGAGUACCGUAUAUGGAAAUUCAUUCCCACAAUGGACUGAUCCGAAUUAAUUAGAAAUUCUCAUUAUUGUGAUCGUUGUAAGCAUUUAUGUUGUGACGAUAUACGUCAUCGUUUCUGUCCCCGUGGCAUGAGCACCACAAUUUACAUUAGGUCACGUUUUUUUAUCGCAACUGCAGCUGUUUUGACGGCAGCCAUCGGCUACGAUACGGUCGUGUAUAUAAAGCCUAAGGAUACCUGUCCACAAGGGCGUCACUAAGGGGGUGCAGGAGGGGGCAACUGCCCCCCCCCCCCUGCUAGAGAUCAAAUAUAGCUAGCCACAAAGCGACCAAAGUGCGAGCAAUUGACUUCCUUACCUAUUAUAUUGCUCCAUUGCCACCACUCUCCACUCCACUGGAGCGGAGCGCAGAAACGAAGAUAUUAAUCAUAUCAAAAUCUCCCCUCGUCUCUUUAGUAGGCAGAUUUGCAAAAUUGUCCGCUCUUCUUCAGUGGAGAGAUUUUUUGCAAUCCUAUUGGUUAAUAUUUCUCUGUUUCUCCGUUCCGGUGGACAGGCAGCAAAAGGCUAAGAACUCGCGGAGCGCGUUUUUCCCACACCUGCCGCGGGCCGCCCGCAGAGCGGACCGGACAUUGUCCGGAUUUUUCAAAUUACAUUGCAUAUAAAUAAUAAAAGUACAUAUUGAUUUAAAUACCAUACCAUUGUCACUAAGUCAGUAAUGGUACCUACUAUUUUGUGAUUAAAAUAUCCGGACUUUUUCGAAAUGUCAGGAUUUUUGUCUGGACUUGAAAUUCCUAAAUGGUAACCCUUCCUGUACUACAAUACCUUUAUUUUUAUUUAUACGAAAAAAAAAAGUUAGUCAUCAUCCCUAUUGAGCUUGAUAAAAACGAGGUAUUCUCAUAUUGCAGUGCUCAUGCCAAGGAGGCAGGAUUGUCAUCCCUCUUCUAUCAAUUGACAUCUUUUAAAUUUAUUUAUAUUUAUUACAAAAAUAUCUUAAUCAAUGAAGAAAGACAGAGAGAGAGAAAAACUUAUUACAUCAUAGAAAACAAAAUGAGCCAAAUAUGUUAUCCUAUUAACUUACAUCGUAACUUGUGGAGCUAGGUUUAUUAAUUCUAAGAGAAUUUUCAACAUUAACACUUUAACAAACGGUAUGUUGAUAAGAAUUCUUAACAUUAACACAUUAAGAAACAUUAUGUUUAACAGAUUGAUUCACAUUGGGAACAUGUACAUGCCAUAUUCGAUACCCCGCCUCUACAUAAAUAAAUAUCUCUCUCAAUUUUUAUCGAUAAUUUCGUUGGUUUAACACCCGGGGGCGGACACUAAGUUCAUAUUUUGUCCCGCUUCAGUCGCCACUGUGAGACGAUGUCGCAAAGCGAAGGCAGCCACCACUCGGGCCACCUGAGCGAAAAUAUACUUUAUUACAAAGCAGAAAGGUUCACUGGUCCUUAGCUCCCAAUUAUAGAUAUCUUCUAAGCCAUUAUUUAUUACUUCGUAGUAAAAAGGAAUCCGUUGAAUGUAUAGAAGAAAUCUCGUAUUAUACAAUUUGAGGAGUGCUAACCAAUUUUACGAUGAAUAGCCAAUACGAAAACUACACCUAAAUUAAGAAACUUUUGAGAAAUAAGAAUGUAUGAAUCUUGAACUGAAUGAAUUACACACUUUAACUAGUAAACCGUAGAGUUCAAAUGGUCAUAACUGUUAACACUUCUUAAUAAUGAACUUUAUGGAUGUGAGCCCCAGUCUAGUUUUGGAACACAAUAAACAAAUGGUUGCAAAUGCUUGGUUUAGUUUGUCAAGUCAGAAUCUGCACGAUUCUGCCCUUGUCUGUUGUUCCGUAUUAGCCUUUUUUUGUUGCCUAUUAAAAUUUUAAUCAAAUUUUACACCCUAACCCCCUUCUUAAUAGAAGAAAACUAAGCUUGGAUUAGUAACUCUAUAUUUUCUCUCUGUUAAUUGAAUGACAAAUGGCACUUGAGUGAUAUGAAGGUGGUAAAAGUUUAACUUUCUACAACAAAAAUUAUACUACGUCCUUCAUUGUCGUUCCCUUAUCUCCAUAUCAAUAAUUUUCAAAAUCAGUUGAGCGAUGUAAGGGUCAAAUAGUAACAAAGAGAGUAAUUUUAUUAUAUUCUUAUUUUAAGCAUUAAGCUGUUAGAUUUAUAAAUCUAAAGAACAUUUUAGUAGAAGAAUUGUUUCUGUCACAACGUGUCCGUGAUGCUAGCGUACCCAUGAUCAAUAUACGGUUUUUCGUUAUGCCAUUAAAUACUGCGUAAAUAGUGCCAAUUUAGUGUAAAAAUAAAAAAAAUAGUGCCUCUUUAAUUAAAGAAAUAAAGACCAUUUUUACUGUGUACGCUACCAUGACGUCAAGCUAGCGUACCCAUGGCCGACCCCAAGAACGGCAUAUAUUUAAGCAACAAAAUUGACACACAAAAAUAGUUCGCAAAUAGUGCCCUGGC